UCUUACAUUGUAGGUGAGCGUGUUGGAGGGUUCACAGUGGUAUGCGCAGAUGCUGAGGAGGCUAAAAGAGUGGAGUCUCAGCUGAAGAUCCUGAUUCGCCCCAUUUACUCCAACCCACCCAUGAAUGGAGCACGCAUCGCUUCCACGAUCCUCACAACACCAGAGCUGCGUUCUACAUGGCUGGAGGAAGUGAAGGGAAUGGCCGACCGUAUUAUUAAAAUGAGAGAAAUGCUGGUGAAUAAUCUGAAGAAUGAGGGCUCCACUCACAACUGGCAACAUGUGACUGACCAAAUUGGCAUGUUCUGCUUCACUGGGCUCAAACCUGAGCAGGUGGAACGUCUGACAAAGGAGUUCUCUGUUUACAUGACUAAAGAUGGCCGUAUCAGCGUUGCCGGUGUGACCUCUGGAAAUGUGGGAUACCUUGCACAUGCCAUUCACCAGGUCACAAAGUAGACCAAAAUGAUGCCGAUACAGGAGACUUGUAUACUGGUCCUGUUUCUAUUAG